GGUCGGGCGUUGGCCUGCUUGCACUUUCAGCAUUGCGCUGGGAGUCUCAAGACGCUCUGCACCGGCAUCUCCCUCUUAGCAGAUCUCGCCUAUAACCAUGUUCUCUUCCGCUCUUCGUGCUGCCAGGCCCUGCGGGAGGGCCGCUGGCCUUGCUCAGUUCCGCGCUGCUCAGCGUACCAGCAACGCCGCUGUGUGCCAGAAGCGUAACCUCUCGAUCCACGAGCACCUUUCGAUGGGACUCCUCAAUGAAUACGGUGUGAAGGUCCCUAAGGGUGCGGUCGCAACCAGCCCUGCCGAAGCCGAGAAGAUUGCAAAGUCUCUCAGCUCCUCCGACUAUGUGAUCAAGGCGCAGGUCCUUGCCGGCGGUCGUGGAAAGGGUCACUUUGACUCUGGAUUGAAGGGAGGUGUCCGCGUCGUUUACUCGCCCACCGAGGUCAAGAUGUUCGCCGAGAAGAUGCUGGGCCACAAGCUCAUCACCAAGCAGACCGGUGCUGGAGGCAGGCCUUGCAACGCCGUAUACGUUGUGGAGCGUCUGUAUGUCCGUCGCGAGUACUACUUCGCCAUCAUCCAGGACCGUACCACCCAGGGCCCCGUUAUCGUUGCCUCGUCGCAGGGUGGUAUGGACAUUGAGACUGUCGCUGCGGAGACUCCUGAGGCCCUUGUUACACACUCCGUCGACAUCAACGUCGGUCUGAAGCGCGAGGAUGCCGUCAAUGUCGCUAAGAAGCUUGGUUUCACUGGAAAGGCCCAAGAGGAGGCUGCCGACACGUUCGAGCGUCUCUACAAACUUUUUAUCGAAAAGGAUGCCACCAUGAUUGAGAUCAACCCCUUGGCCGAGGUUCACCAAGAGGGUGGUGAAAGCACAGUCAUGUGCAUGGACGCAAAGUUCGGGUUCGACGACAACGCGGAGUUCAGGCAAGAGAAGAUCUUUCAACUGCGUGACAAGACCCAGGAGGACGCCCGUGAGGUCGCCGCUGCCAAGUGGAACCUGAACUACAUUGGUUUGGACGGCAGCAUUGGAUGCCUCGUCAACGGAGCCGGUCUCGCCAUGGCGACCAUGGACAUCAUCAAGCUCCACGGCGGCGAGCCGGCCAACUUCCUCGACGUCGGCGGAGGCGCCAAAGCCGACCAAGUCACAGAAGCCUUCAAAAUCAUCUCCUCCGACCCCCGCGUCUCCGCGAUCCUCGUCAACAUCUUUGGCGGAAUCAUGCGUUGCGACAUCAUUGCCGAGGGUAUCAUCUCCGCCGUCAACCAGCUGGGUCUGAACCUGCCCCUCAUUGUGCGGUUGCAAGGAACGGAGGUUGACGCGGCCAAAAAGCUGAUCAAGGACAGUGGGUUGAGGAUGUUCUCGGUCGAUGAUCUGGAUGUCGCGGCUAGCAAGGCGGUGCAGAUGAGCAACAUUGUGGGGAUGGCGCGGAAAGCGGGUGUUCAGGUCAAGUUCGAGUUGCCCAUUUAAGUGGAAAGCAAAAUAAAAGGCUACCUGACAUUAGAACCUUUGGAUACCUGCUAUUGCACACGCCCGAUUCUCAAUUCUCUCUCUCCGCCCCUCAUUCCCGAGUUACCUUGCUCUGUUGUGUGAACUUCCUCAUUUCAUGUAGAACUAUUCUGAUCAUAAGAUCGUAUUUCGCAACUUGUUAUAUACACGCGGGCUCUUCCCAAAAAAAGGAGUUCAGGAACCGAUCAACGAAUC